GCGGCGGUGGAGGAGGAGGAGACUGAGGAGCAGGAUGGCGGCCUCGGCCCUGUAUGCCUGCACCAAGUGUACCCAGCGUUAUCCCUUCGAGGAGCUCUCCCAGGGCCAGCAGCUCUGCAAGGAAUGUCGGAUCGCGCAUCCUAUUGUAAAAUGUACUUACUGCAGAUCAGAAUUUCAACAAGAGAGCAAAACUAACACAAUUUGUAAGAAGUGUGCUCAAAAUGUGAAGCAGUUUGGGACACCCAAGCCUUGUCAGUACUGUAACAUAAUUGCAGCAUUUAUUGGUACCAAAUGUCAGCGUUGCACAAAUUCAGAAAAAAAGUAUGGGCCACCUCAGACUUGUGAACAGUGCAAACAACAGUGUGCUUUUGAUCGGAAAGAGGAGGGAAGAAGAAAGGUUGAUGGAAAAUUAUUAUGCUGGCUCUGUACUUUAUCAUACAAGAGAGUUUUACAGAAGACAAAAGAACAAAGGAAGAGCCUGGGAUCUUCGCAUUCAAAUUCUUCAUCAUCAUCUCUUACUGAGAAAGAUCAGCAUCAUUCGAAACAUCAUCACCACCAUCACCAUCAUCACCAUCGUCAUAGCAGUAGUCAUCACAAAAUCAGCAAUCUAAGUCCAGAACAAGAGCAGGGACUGUGGAAACAGAGCCAUAAAUCCUCUGCUGCAAUUCAGAAUGAAACUCCAAAGAAAAAACCCAAAUUGGAAUCUAAGCCAUCUAAUGGAGAUAGCUCUAUAAAUCAGUCAGCAGAUAGUGGGGGAACAGACAAUUUUGUCCUUAUAAGUCAACUGAAAGAAGAAGUGAUGUCACUUAAGCGUCUCUUACAGCAAAGAGACCAGACCAUUUUAGAAAAAGAUAAAAAGUUAACUGAACUCAAGGCAGACUUCCAGUACCAAGAGUCAAAUUUGAGAACAAAGAUGAACAGUAUGGAAAAGGCUCACAAAGAAACUGUGGAACAACUUCAGGCAAAAAACAGAGAACUACUCAAACAGGUUGCAGCGUUGUCAAAGGGUAAAAAGUUUGACAAAAGUGGAAGCAUACUAACAUCUCCUUGAAAAACUUGUUAAGUGUUUCUGCUUAUAAUGUAAAUUUGGGGGAACAAUUCUGUGAUGCCCAUAUUUUUGCACAUCAAAUGAAUUGGUGUGUUUCCUAUUCACUUUUGUAACUGAUCUAUAGCAUUUUUUAAGUUGUAAAGCAUUGAAAUAAAACUUCAACUGGUUUGAAGUAACUUUUUAAUUAUUUGAUAUCCAAGAACUUUUUGCCAGCAAUAGUAUUAAACAGUUGUAAAGGAGUGCAUGAGUAGUGCUCUUUAUAAAAUGCAACAUGCAAUAAUAGAGUAGGUGUGGUUUUAAGAAGUAAAAGCAGCAGGGUUUUUUUUUUCUUUUUUGUUUAACAACACUAUACUAGAGUCAGAUAGUUUUCAAUUAGAAGUACAAAAACUUUUAAAUAAGGAAAGUGGUUAACACUGGUAUUUUGGAAUUGUAUUUUUACUUUGCAUCAAUAUGAAUUUAGGAGAGAAUCAUGGUGCUUUUAUUAAAUGAACUCCAGAGUACAUGUAAAUAUGUUUUUAAAAGUUACAUCAUUAACAUGAGUUAGUAUCCUAGCAUUUUCAUUAUUAGUAUUGGAGUUAAUGUUUAUUGUACAGUAUCCAAGGUAAA